GCGGUGACAAAUGUUAGCGGUGGGGCAGAUGGAGGCUAACCGGCAGAGUGCUUUCGUCCUGGGCAGCACCCCGCUGGCGGCGUUGCACAACAUGACCGAGAUGAAGACGUCCAUCUUCCCGUACGCGCUGCAGCACAGCCCGGCGGGCUUCAAGGCGCCGUCGCUCUCCAGCCUCAACUCGCAUUUCGCGGGCGCCACCCCGCACGGGAUUAGCGACAUCCUGGGGAGACCGAUCACCACCGCCGGCCAGCUGCUGUCGGGCUUCCCCAGGAUCAACGGCCUGGCCACCAGCGCCGCGGCGGCCGCGGCCGGGAUGUACUUCAGCCCGGCGGUGUCCAGGUACCCCAAGCCGCUGGCCGAACUGCCCGGGAGGGCGCCCAUCUUCUGGCCGGGCGUGAUGCAGGGCUCCCCCUGGAGGGACCCACGGGUGCCGUGUCCGUCUCAGUCCAGUUUAAUGAUGGACAAAGAUGGCAAAAAGAAACAUUCCAGACCUACUUUUUCUGGACAGCAGAUUUUUGCACUGGAAAAAACCUUUGAGCAGACCAAAUACCUGGCGGGUCCAGAGAGAGCCAGGUUGGCCUACUCCUUAGGAAUGACAGAGAGCCAAGUCAAGGUCUGGUUCCAGAACAGGAGAACUAAGUGGCGGAAGCGACACGCGGCAGAGAUGGCCUCGGCCAAGAAGAAGCACGACUCGGAGACGGAGAAAAUGAAGGAGAGUUCGGACAACGAGGAGGACGACGAGUACAACAAACCGCUGGACCCCAACUCAGACGACGAGAAAAUCACGAGACUCUUGAAAAAGCACAAAGCCGGCAGCAACUUGGCCCUCGUCAGCCCCUGUAGCAACAGCUCGGACACUUUGUGAUAGCCGCCACCUUUCUUAAAGCUGCAGUCCGGAGAGAACUCGCACUCUUUGUGAGCCCAUUUCCACCUGACAUGAACAAGAAGAAGACUCCAGGGGACAAACUGCUGACUUGUGGAGUUUUACGUUGAAAAAAAACCAAACCAUGAACUUGUGUCAUUCUGCAGAUUUGGGGACCAUUUUGAAACAUUCAUUUCCUGUCACAUAUUAUUUGGACGUUGGGAAUUUUAUGCACAUCUUUUUUUGACUUGUUAUUAUUUUUGAUGAACGGAAGCAACACUGAUCCGGAUGUUUCAAAUGUCAGGUGUGAACGGGCUCUGAUGCUUCUAAAGCUCAGUUAAAGCAGGGUACCCACUGUCCUAAAAGGCGAGAGAGGAAUUGAAAAUACGUACAGCCAGAUUGUAUUGUAUAUAUUUUUUACAAAUAACUUAUGUUGCGGAAGAAGACUUUUAUUCCCUCCUCCAUGCGCUUAUUUCUUCACAAAUACAUCCACUCAUGCUUCAUUUCUGCAACUUCUUCCUUUUAAGUCUGCACACACUUGAAGAUGCUGUAAAUAUGCGGUGUAAAAAAAACUGUAAUUGACACACUUGGGAGAGCAUUUUUUGUUGUUGCUUUGAAAUAAUAUUAUUGCUUAUAGAGGAAGGAAAAAAAAACAACACUUUGUAUCAUAAAUAAAUUAUUUAACAAACUUUUCUUUUAAUAUGGUUUCUGUCUUAAUGUAUG